UUUUGUCUCGCUCUCUCUCCACUCCCUCCACACUCUCUCACUCCCUCUCUCUCCCUCCCCAUCUCUGAUUAGAUAUACUGAUUCCUCCUUUCAAUGGACGUCAUUUAAGCUCAGACUCCUGCCUUGAGUUGCGUCCCUCCUGCCUCGCAGCCCGAUUUCCGACCAUUCUUUACCCCAUUAUUAAGUAUUCCUGUAAUAUUAAUAGCCAUGAAUGCGCUCUAUUAGGAGUCCGAGAGGGGAGACGAAGAAGCGGCUCUUUUUUGCUAAUAUGAGCUCAAGCGAGGGGACGGCAGCAGUGUGACAGACGCCGGGAGAGCGAGGAGGAAGAGAGGGUUUGCCGAGAGAAACUUUUCGACCCAAAAAAGCCGCGAGCACCGCCGAAUACCAGCGUUCUUAGACCCUAAUGAAGGGCUGCGGGGAUCUAACCGUUUCUCUCUGAUGGAUUAUCGUCCUGCUACUGUGGCACAUACCUGAUCGCUGGGGCCAUUGUGAUCUUGCAGGAAAAGAAGAGUCUUUUUUUUUCUUGGGGCUAAAUAUAUAUAUAUUCAUAUAUAUAUAUAUUUUUGUUUCGCUGGUUAUUCUUCUUCGCUCGUACCCCUCGAAGUGUUUUUGAACUCACCAUUCUUUGCUUGAGUCGCACUAAAAAUCCAUUCAGAUGUUAGUGCACAGUUUUUCCGCGAUGGAUCGCCACGACGGCACCAGCAAUGGGACAGCCAGGCUACCUCAGCUGGGCGGCGUGGGCCAGAGUCCCUACGCGAGCGCCCCGCCGCUCUCCCACACACCGAACUCGGACUUCCAGCCCCCGUACUUCCCCCCGCCCUACCAGCCCAUCUACCCGCAGUCUCAGGACCCUUACUCGCACGUCAACGACCCCUACUCCCUCAACUCGCUGCACGCCCAGCCGCAGCCGCAGCACCCGGGCUGGCCGGGCCAGAGGCAGAGUCAGGAGAGCGGCCUGCUGCACCAGCACCGCAGCCUGCCCCACCAGCUGUGCCGGGACUACCGCAGGGAAGUGCUGCUACCGUCCGGCCACGGCCUCGACACGGGACUGUCAGACUCUAUCCCUAUCCAUGGAAUACCUCACUCUUUAGAAGAUGUUCAGUCUGUCGAGGAUCAAGGAAUUCACAUUCCCGACCAGACUGUAAUUAAAAAAGGUCCAGUGUCUUUAUCCAAGAACAAUAACGUUUCCAUCGGUGUAAAUAAGGACGGUCUCUUCGGAGGGGUGGUGAACCCCAACGAGGUGUUCUGCUCGGUACCGGGUCGCCUUUCGCUCCUCAGCUCCACAUCAAAGUACAAGGUCACGGUGGCCGAGGUGCAGAGACGCCUCUCGCCGCCCGAGUGCCUCAACGCCUCUCUGCUGGGCGGGGUGCUGAGGAGGGCCAAGUCUAAGAACGGAGGACGAUCCUUGAGGGAGAAGCUGGAUAAAAUCGGCCUGAAUCUACCUGCGGGCAGACGCAAGGCAGCCAACGUCACCUUGCUGACGUCACUAGUCGAGGGCGAAGCGGUGCAUCUUGCCAGGGAUUUUGGUUAUGUAUGCGAGACGGAGUUUCCAGCCAAGGCAGUAGCUGAAUAUGUAAACCGUCAGCACUCCGACCCAAACGAACAAGUCCAAAGAAAAAACAUGCUAUUGGCCACGAAGCAAGUCUGCAAAGAGUUCACAGACCUGCUGUCCCAGGACCGCUCGCCGCUGGGGAACUCGCGGCCGCAGCCCAUCCUCGAACCGGGAAUCCAGAGCUGCUUGACCCACUUCAGUCUAAUCUCGCACGGUUUUGGGACCCCGGCGCUGUGCGCGGCCGUCACGGCCCUGCAGAACUAUCUGACCGAGGCGAUCAAAGCCAUGGACAAAAUGUACCUCAACAACAACCCGAACAGUCACUCAGAUAACGGCACUAAAGGCGGAGACAAAGACGAGAAGCACAGAAAGUGAUGUCUCCAUCCCGCCUCCGCAGCGGGGCCAAACCGCAGGGCCCUUCUUCCACACCGACCAACACCCCUCCGGCCCGGCCCGGCCCGGCCCGGCCCCCACCCACCCACCCAAUAUAAAUAUUAUAAAUACCUUAUAAAUACUAUUGAUAAAGUUAAUUGUGCCACUUCCUGAUCUUGCGUGGUUUUACAUGUUUUGUUUUUACAUCCCACUUUGGAAUUCACGAGGAGAUGACGCAAGUAUUUUCUUCUUCUUCUUCUUCUUCGACACCUGAACAACAAGACAUGUUAUUUAAAAAAAAAAAAAAAAAGAAAAGAAAAGAAAGAAAGAAAAGAAAAGAAUAAAAAAAAAGCAGGCUACAGAGGAUCAGCUCCGGGGCGAGGGGAGGAGGUGUCGGCCCACUGCCUCAGCCAGAGGACUUUUUAUGUACUCCCCCCUUUUUUAUGAGCUGCAGCGAAUGGACUGAAAUCCAGCGACCCCUCUAUAUCUCCAUUUUACGAUUGUGACAAAAACGAAGCUAAAAGAGGACGAAUUCUUAUCAGUAUUGUGAAUAAUAAACUUGAAAAACAAAGAGAAAUUCCACAGAGCUCCCUGUCAUGACUUCAGUUGUAGACUCUCUCACUCUCUCUCUCUCUCUCUCUCUCUCUCUCUCUCUCUCUCCAAGCGACCAACUUGAACUUUUUUGAAUUUCAACACGAUUCGCGGUUAUAUAAGGGAAUCAGUGUUCAUGUAUGUAUAUAUUUAUUUAUGUGUAAUUUAAUGGGAAUUGUAAAUAUGGUGCGUCUGUUUAAACUUCUUUUUUUUAUUUAUCUGGUGCCUCCUGUUUUAGUGGGUUUGAAUAUUCGGUUAGUUCUUCAUGUGAUUUCAUGUUUUUUUUAGAAAACAGAAGUUUGGGGUAUUUUUUUUUCCAUUUUAUUUCUCUGGGAUAUUUCAAUUCAGCCCUCUUGUAGCAUGUUGAGGCGACAUUGAAGCAAGUGAACAAAUUUAAUAGAAAUAAAACUUCCAUUUCUCUCUCUAUAUAUAUAUCAUCCUUUUUUUUUUCUUCCAGUUUUUAAUUUGAGACAGAGCAUAUGUGAGACCCUGAGGAGAACUGUAUUUUUUUUCUCGUGUGUGUUCCUAUUUUCGUUUUUAUACAAGCUUUUAUGUGUUGUGCCAAUCAGAAUACGUUUCACCCCCUGUUCUCUCCUUGAAGCACCAUAAAAGCAAUAAAUGGAAUAUUGUCUUUUUUUUUUUUUAAAGAAAAAAAAAAAGAAAUGUUGGAAGACACUCCAAAAAAACAUUUUUUGGGGACCACCUGAUUUCUUGUUAUGUCCGAUAAUGUCCGAAAUUGGAGGCGGUUUUAGCUGUAUUGUAUAGACAUGUGCUGGCAAUAGUUCCCAUGCCUGUCAAUGUAUUAUAGUCCUUUGUUGCCCUGAAAAAAAUAAAUAUUUGAUACGCUU